AUGGUAUUGGCAUGGCAUAUAGUUAUGUUCGUGGAAGAAGAGAGGGUGGAGGUCUUUCCAAAAUGUUGGGUCAUUAAUAAUAAUCUGGGUUACACUGGCCUAACCAGAAAAAAGCUAGUGGCAUACUGCCAUUAAUUAAGGGCUGUUCCAUGCCAGAAAAGGACAAAUGGGAUGUGGUCCGUAUCCGUAUUAAUAAAAAGAAUAAAAUUUAUGAUGAUUAUGCACAGGCAUCUCUGGCUGCCUCCAAAGCUUGCUAUAAAACAGACGUUGAUGAAUCCACUGAAUGUGAUGAAAAUACUAAAACUCCUAGCUCCUCAAAGGGUAGACGAAUUAUUUAUAACAAAAAAUAUUCACAAGAAGAUGAAGCGUUUGACAGUGAUGAUAUUGAGAGUAGCGACUCAUUAGAGUCAAUUCCAUCCAAGCCUCUCAGAGGUACCUACCGAGGUAAAGAUGACUCUAAAACCAAAAAGCUGAUGAAUGAAGAAGCUUCGGUAGUGGUUGAUCCAUCCAGAAAAGAACAUGAAGACCCCAUGUUAAAGACGACAAGUCAUAAAAGCAUAAACAGUCAGAAGUUGCUUGAUGAACAAGAACACAUUGGUGGAAAAGCAAAAAAAGGCAAAUCCCAAGGACAUGAUAAUGAGAUCCUAGUGAAAUUAUGCUCCAGGGUUUCUUAUUUAACCCUUUUAACUAAAGGGAUUGCAGAGGACAUCGAUCAGAUCAAGUUACAGAUGGAAACUAUCACUAACAUCCCUGUACCAACACACCCAUCUGCCUCCAACGAAGAAGUAUACAACUUCCCAUUUGAAACAACUGAAUCAUUGGAAGAGUUUGAGAAAACUCUUGAAAACAAGGAGACUUAUCUGAAAUUUGUACGUUUCGUUUCACGAAUAGGUGGGGAUUCUCCCUAUGAAUUUAUCAAACGGGUUAUGGUUCGUCUUGUAACAAAUGAAGUAGCUGCAAAAUACUCUUUCACAGGACAUAAAGGCAAAAAGCCAAUAGGCCACUUUUUAAUUGCUAAAGCAUUAAAAGAUGCUUCUAGAAAUGUCAAAUCUUUGAUGCAUUGCACUGAAAACGACAUAGAAAAAAAAUUUAAGGAUUGGCUUAGACAUGCUCCAGCAAGGGCCCAGAAAAAACAGGAAGACCCUCCUAAUGGGGCAGAAGAGGAUAUCGAAGAAAAUAAUCAAUAA